AUGGCAUGGAGUUACUUUCGGCAGAUUUUGCAGGCUUUACAGUUCAUACACGGCAAAGAUAUUAUUCAUCGGGACUUGAAGUCGGAUAAUAUUUUCAUAGACGACAGUGGAACAGUGAAAAUUGGGGACUUUGGAUUAGCUCUGAAAAUGGAUGUCAGUUCUACCACAAAUUCGUUACCAGUUGGUGCGUAUCUCUACCGUGCACCUGAAAUGAAAAAGGGGGACCCCACCUACAAGCCCACCAACAAGGUGGACAUGUAUGCCUUGGGGUUGAUUCUAUUCCAGCUGUUUUGUCCCCGGCAAUGUUCUGAGCGCAAAAUGUUGAAACUAAGAGAUUCGCCCGAGCAAGUUUGCGAAAAGUAUAAGGUGGAUGAAACUGCCAAGCACCUGAUCUUGGAGCUACUUCAGACAGAUCCAUUGAAACGGCCUUCUCCUGCAGAUCUUCUUCGUCGUUUAGAUGGAUUGGAGAGAGAAGGAGCCUUAUGCUUUGAUAAAAUUGGUCAGGCUGCAGACACGAAGGUCCAAAAUAUUCCCACAGAGAAUACGUCGUCGUCGGAUCAUAGACCUCGCGAGUUGGAAAGUUGUCCGAUUCAAACCGGUUCAUAUAAUUAUUAA